ACUCAAAGGACACCAAAACGACACGCUUUCUCCCUUCCCGUCCUUCUUCUAUUCGGGUCUCCUUCAGCUGCUCACAGCCCUGCCUGGGCCGGGCGCCCGGCGCUGACACAGGCGGGGUGUGGGCGGUGGGGGGGCUCGGCCACAGCUGCCGCUGCCAUUGGGGCCGGCGAGGGGCCGGGCUGCUCGGCCCGGCGGCCUCGGGGAAGACGGCCGGGAGCAGCACCCUGCGUCCUGAGGUGUCUGGCGGAGGCGUUGCUCGUUGCCGCCGGCUGCCGGGCACGGGAGGAGGAGGAGAGCGACAUUCCAGCCGCUGUCUUUUAUUGCUGAACGUUUGUUCGUUCCUACGAUUCUCUGUGAAGACAAGUUAUGUCAACAGCUGCUUUAAUCCAUUUGGUAAGAAACAGAGGGUAUCAAGUACGGAGAGCCCUGCUGACGUCCCGCCUCUUGCAAGACGAGAAGCGUCCAACAGUUGAGUGCUACAGUUCCACCUCUGAACGCCGUGCGUCCCGCUUCGAUCCAGAUGGGAGUGGGCGACCCGCCACAUGGGACACCUUUGGCAUCUGGGACAAUCGCAUUGAUGAACCUAUUCUCCUCCCACCAAGCAUAAAGUAUGGGACGCCAAUUCCCAAAGUCAGCCUGAGCAACGUGGGCUGUGCUAGCCAUAUUGGCAAGCGGAAGGAAAACGAAGACCGCUUUGAUUAUGCUCAGCUGACAGAGGAUGUCCUGUACUUUGCAGUUUACGAUGGACAUGGCGGUGUGGCGGCAGCAGACUUCUGUGCUAAGAACAUGGAAAAAUAUAUCAAAGAAUUUCUUGCUCAGGAGGAAAACUUGGAAAACGUUUUGAACAAUGCUUUUCUAGAGAUAAACAAUGCAUAUGAAAGGCAUGCUCAUCUGUCUGCUGACGCAACUUUGAUGAACUCUGGGACCACUGCGACAGUGGCCCUGCUCCAGGAUGGUAUUCAGUUGGUUGUGGCAAGUGUGGGAGACAGCCGUGCCCUACUGUGUCGAAAAGGAAAGGCUAUGAAACUCACUAUUGACCAUACGCCAGAAAGGAAGGAGGAGAAGGAAAGGAUUAGGAAGUCUGGUGGCUUCGUUGCCUGGAACAGUUUGGGACAACCACACGUGAAUGGUAGACUUGCAAUGACGCGGAGCAUAGGAGAUUUGGAUCUUAAGAACAGUGGCGUGAUAGCCCAGCCAGAAACAAAAAGGGUUCAGUUGCAUCAUGCAGAUGACAGCUUCCUGGUCCUUACUACAGAUGGUAUUAACUUCAUGGUGAACAGUCAGGAGAUCUGUGACUUUAUUAAUCAGUGCCACGAUCCCGCUGAAGCUGCCCAUGUUGUUACUGAGCAGGCAAUGCAAUUUGGCACUGAGGACAACAGCACGGUUGUCAUAGUGCCUUUUGGAGCAUGGGGAAAGUAUAAAAACGGCGAGAUCAACUUCUCCUUCAGCCGCAGUUUUGCCUCCAGUGGGAGGUGGGCAUGAAGUCCUGCCACAGCUAUCUUUUCCUGCAAUAAUCUGGACACAGUGUGCUACAAGAGAGCACCCAUCUGUUCAUAAGCUGGCUGAAUGUCUUGUUCAUCUCCCCUGCUGCCAGUGUUAAGGAAGAUGCCACCGCUCCCUUAGUGCGUAAUGUCCCAUUACUGCUUGCAGUUGAUUGCAUUUUACUAUGCUCGUUUAUUCAGAUCGGCAUUGAGGCAGCUAUUUCUUUGGGUUUCUAUUCCCAGCAGCUCUUCACACCACUUGGUUCACGUAGACAAGUCUCUAGGCCUCCACCUGAGGCUGGAGCUAUUGCACAUUUGUUUCAUACCAACCUGUAUUACCUAGGACUCUUAGUUACCUGGCAGCUGUGAAAGUCUGAGACUGAGCCAUGUGCCAUCUUCUUUGUACAUUAAUCCACAGGGGAACAAGCGCACAGUUUUCCUAGUGAGACAAAAAGAGGUUUUGUUGUUUUCCUCUGCCAUGCAGCCACCCAAAACUCCCUGUGUUUCCAGGAGAAGCAGGUGAAAUACAAGGGGGAAGUUUCAGAAGCAAUUAGCCUGUGGUUAUAUUCUGGUGCCAGUGGCAUUCAGUGUACCUGAACAACAUCCUAAGACAGUGCUGCUUUGCAGGAUUUUAGGCUCUCACUGCUGUUAUCUGUCAUCCUUCAGCUCCCAAGAGACAGAGCAGGCUAGAGCCAUGUACUGUUGGACAGAGAGGAACAUCUCUCUGUUGGGUCCAAAGCCUGGACCACCUGUGUGCACCAUGCAGCAGCCCCUUGCACUGCAUUGUCUUUGGUGUGUCAGUGGCUUAACAGAAGCAUGUAGGAGGGAAAAAGCAGCACAUUUUUUGAAUUGCCGAGACUCCGAUCAAUUUCAAUGUCCUUUUAUUUUUUUUAUGUUCUCCUUUUUUUUCCCCCUAAGAAAAAAGAAACAUUUCAAAGAGUUUUCUAUUCAAGAUUCUUUGGAUGUCUAAGAAAGGAGUUUGUUUAUUAUUUCUUCAUAAAUAUAUGAGCAUUUUCCUGCCCUCUGCUGAAGUUUUUUUUCAGUUAGUCAGGAUGUCCUGGGUCUCCUUAUGGUAUACAGAGAGAUGUAAAAUGCUCAAAGCAAGAAAGCUAGAGAAAUGAGUGAGCAUUUUAAUAACGUACUACAGUAAUUUUUGUAAGUUUGGGGGUUUUGUUUCUAGUGGGUGUCCAAUACUGGGACACCAAAAGGUAGUUUUGUACUUAAAGGAAAUGUAUCUACUUCCCUUUGUGUUGGGAGUCCGUGUCCAGCAAGGCACCAAUGGCCAGAGCCCUGAGCCAGCUCAGCUCGCUGCUGUGACAAGACUGCAGGUGACACGUCAGUGUGUUGGCAGCAGGUGAAGAGUUGUCCCAGCAUGCCUCCGUCAGAGCUCGUUCUUCCUCUGCUCCAAAUCAGGCGUGCAGUUCCUGUGGCCUCUGAAUCACCCUGCUGUAAGAAAAUAAGGGCAGAGGAAAAUCAGGCUCUUCCCACAUUUGCAACAGUAGUUUUUAGCUGUUUCCAACCAUGCAAUUUUACAUACCAAACAAACCAGCCAACCAAAAUGAACAGAAGUGAGAGAAACUGCCUGAUACUAAACCACGUUACAACAAGGAAAAAUAUUUCUGAGAUGCCUGGUCUGAUUCUUGUUUUUGAGUGUGACAUAGGCAUCUUCAUUAUUUUUAGCCCUUUCCAGACCCAGGGUUACAGCACUGAUAGUCAUUCCACAUCUUCUCGGCUCUAGCUGCAGGCCUAGGAGCACCCUGCAGAGCUCAGCGUUGUACUGACAGCAUUAAUUCUCUGUGUUUAGAGAGUAUGCUCAUUUUGUCCCAUUGCUUGGUGUAUUAUAUGGUAUAUAUAGUGUCAAUAUUUGGUUCAUAAGUAUAAAGAACUCAUGAAUCAGUAUUUGU